AUGAUCUCUCUGCUGCUUCUAAUUCCAAAUGUGUGGUCUCCACCUGAGUACUGUUAUCCGGCUAUAAAUAAUUCCUGCAUCAAAAGUUUAAGGUUACCAGUGGUUCAUAUUGCUCUGUACAUGACUGUCAUUUGCUUUAUUGUAAUAACAAUGUGUGGAAAUUUACUAGUAAUUAUAUCUGUAAUGCAUUUCAAGCAACUCCAUCGCCCUACAAAUAUUUUAAUUUGCUCUUUGGCAGUUGUUGAUUUUCUUGUAGGCUUCAUUAUUAUGCCAUACAGCAUGGUAAGAACUAUUGAGUCCUGCUGGUAUUAUGGAGAAAGAUUAUGUAAAAUCCAUACAAGUUUUGAUUUAAUGUUCUGCACAUGUUCCAUUUUUCACCUUAGUUUUAUAGCAGCUGACCGUCACUAUGCGGUGUGUGACCCUUUACACUAUUAUGCAAAAAUAACUUUUUCCACAGUGAUAAUAUUUAUAAUAGUAAGCUGGACAAUGUCAUUCAUGUCUGCUUUUGGAAUUGUUAUGUCAGAAGUAACUUUAGAUGGAAUCAGGGAUUAUGCUGCAUCAGUCACUUGUACUGGUAUGUGUAUAUUUUUGUUCAACAAACUGUGGGCUGUAUUAGUUUCUGUUGCUACAGUCAUUCUUCCAGCUACAGUAAUGGUUUGUGUUUACAGUAAGAUUUUUGUUGUAGCAAGGAGACAUGCUCGGGAGAUUGGCAGCAGAAGUGAAGGCUCUAAGAAAAACAAAGCAUAUAUCUCCAGCAAAAGUGAAAGAAAAGCAGCUAAAACAUUGGGUGUAGUAUUGGGUGUAUUUAUAGUAUGCUGGUUCCCCUGUAUGUCUGCAGUCAUGUUUGAUUCUUUUCUAAAUUAUGCUAUCCCAGCAGUUCUAUAUGAAGCUUUCACAUGGAUUGCAUAUUUUAAUUCUGGUUUUAAUCCUAUAAUUUAUAGUUUCUUUUAUCCUUGGUUUAGGAAAGCAGUGUAUAUCAUUCUAAGUGGCAAAAUAUUCAACCCUGGCUCUUCCGGUUUAAAAUUAUUUCUAGAAAAUCAUUGA